GCCGCCGCCGCCACUUUGUCGAGUCGCCGCCGCCACUGGGGAGAUGGAGGGGCCGGGACUGGGCUCGCAGUGCAGGAAUCACAGCCAUGGCCCCUACCCUCCAGGAUUUGGUCGACAUGGAGUCUGUGCGCAUGAAAACAAAGAACUUGCCAAGGCGAGAGAAGCUCUUCCUCUUAUAGAGGAUUCUAGUAACUGUGACAUUGUAAAAGCUACUCAAUACGGCAUUUUUGAGCGAUGUAAAGAGUUGGUAGAAGCAGGAUAUGAUGUCAGGCAACCAGACAAAGAAAAUGUGUCUCUUCUUCACUGGGCUGCCAUUAAUAACAGGCUGGAUCUUGUAAAGUUUUAUAUUUCAAAAGGCGCUGUGGUAGAUCAGUUGGGUGGAGAUUUAAAUUCAACUCCUCUUCAUUGGGCCAUCAGACAAGGGCAUUUGCCUAUGGUCAUAUUAUUACUGCAGUAUGGUGCAGACCCCGCUCUCAUUGAUGGAGAGGGAUUCUGUGGCAUCCACCUGGCUGUGUUAUUNGUAUAA